GGCCUUUUGUGAAGCAUGACAAGAUCCGGUGGAUGAAAAAUUUGGUCAUACUACCUUCACCAAAGAUGGCUACAGUACUUGGAAGAAUGCAUACAAGGCAUUUCCUCUUCAUGUUGGUGGCCCCAGGAGUAUCCACAAUCAAUCAAGGACAGCAUAUGAAGAUUUUAAAAAUCAAAGCUCAAGUCUGAAGCGUAAGGUUACAGUCUAUAACAAAGAAUCAUUAAUCAAGUACGAGACCCGUUUGGAAACAUCUUUGGGGAUUGUAAGUUUUCUUGCAUUGCAAGGUGAACCAUUUCGUGGACACAAUGAAUCUGCCCUUUCCUUAAAUAAAGGUAAUUUUCUAGAGAUGCUUGAUUGGUACAAAGCAAGAAAGGAGGAAGUGAGAAUUGCGUUUGAUGAGCUAUGCCCAGGAAAUGCACAAAUGAUUUCUUCAACAAUUCAAAAAGCACUUGCCAAAAGUUGUGCAGAUGGGGUCCGAAGAGCAAUAAAACAAGAGAUGGGGGAUAAUCUUUUUUCGGUUCUUAUUGAUGAAUCUCGUGAUAUAUCAGUAAAAGAACAAAUGGCCUUGGUUGUGAGGUAAGCCAUUGGUUACUUUAUUAUGGGUUCCAUCUUUUGCCUGGUAAUCGCCUUUUUUUCUAAUUAACUAAUUGUAUUAUUUCUUCUAUGCCUUACAGGUAUAUGAGCAAGGGAGAAGUUAUUGAAAGAUUUUUGGGUAUCAAGCAUGUCAAGGAGACAACAACAGAAGCACUAAAGAAAGCAUUGGUUGAGGUUCUUGGUAAGAAUGGGCUACUUAUUGCAAAUUUACGAGGGCAAGGGUAUGAUGGAGCAUCUAAUAUGAGGGGAGAAUUCAAUAGUGUUCAAAAACUUGUCCGAGAUGAAAACCCAUAUGCUUUCUAUAUGCAUUGUUUCGCCCACCGAUUGCAGCUAGUAGUUGUUGCUGUCUCAAGAUGUUGUUCUUCCAUUGAGGAUUUCUUUGAAUAUGUGGCCUUGAUUGUGAACGCCGCUGGUUCGUCUUGCAAGAGGAAGGAUAUAUUGCUUGAUAAGCAACGCAUAAAUCUGUUGGCUAAGUUAGAGAGUGGAGAAAUUUUCUCAGGAAGAGGGAAAAACCAAGAAACAUCAUUGGCUAGACCAGGAGAUACAAGAUGGGGCUCUCAUUAUAAAACACUAGUUCGUAUAGAAUCGAUGUGGGAUGCAGUUAUACAAGUGUUAGCUAUUGUGCAUGAGGAUGAGCGUAAUCCAUCUAGGGCAGGAGGUUUGGUGCAGAUAAUGGAGUCUUUUAGCUUUGUGUUCAUCAUGAAGUUGAUGUUGCAAAUCCUUCGCAUUACAAAUCAGUUGUCACUUCUCCUCCAACGGAAGGAUCAGAAUAUUGUUCAAGCCAUGUCUUUGGUUACAGAUGUGAGGUCUUCCUUGGCCAACUUGAGGAACCAUGGUUGGGAACCACUCUUUGAAGAUGUCAAGAUCUUUUGUAAUGUUAAUGAUAUUCCGGUUCCAAAUAUGGAUGAAGCUGUACCGAGAUUCGGCCGAUCAAGAAAAGGAGGGAGAAAUAAUGUUACUCAAGAACAUUUUUUUCGUGUUGAUACCUUCUAUGCAGCGAUAGAUGCUAUCACCACAGAGCUGGAUCAUCGCUUUAAUGACAUGGCUUCAGAACUGCUAUGUGGAUUUGCUUGUCUUGACCCAAGAGACUCAUUUUCCAAGUUUGAUUUGGACAAAGUUGCUAAGCUUACAGACAUCUAUGAUGCAGAUUUCUCCAAUGAUGACCGUAAGCGUAUGAAAACCGAGCUCCAGUUGUUCAUCAACCACAUGAGAAGACAUGAUGACUUUAGAGUUUGUUAUGAUCUUGCAAGCCUAGCCAAGAAAAUGUUUGAACUUGAAAGAAAUAUUAUGUUCCCUCUGGUUUAUCGCCUUAUUGAGUUGGGGUUGCUUCUACCGGUGGCAACGGCAUCGGUUGAAAGGGCCUUCUCAGCAAUGAAGAUCAUCAAGACUGAUUUGCGCAGCAAGAUGUCCAAUGGUUGGCUUGAUGACUUAAUGGUGUGCUACAUCGAGAGAGAGAUAUUUAAAGGAAUUGAUCUUGCUGAAAUUAAGAAAGAAUUUCAACAUGAAGGUAGAAGAAUGCCAUUGCUACGUUCUACUUAA